AUGUUCCGUCUAAUAGCUGUUGUCUUGAGUGUUUUGUGUUUUGCUUCGGCAGCACCAGAAAAUAAUUCCGACCGAAUUGUAAAUGGCAGAUCAGCUAACAUUAUGGAAUACGCCUAUCAAGUUUCUAUCCAAAUUCGUGGCAGUCAUUUCUGUGGAGGAAGUAUUUUAGGCACAAGAUGGAUUCUAACAGCAGCUCAUUGUUUGGCUCAGCCCAUAGCUAACAAUGAAAUCGCACAAAUUACAGUUGUUGCUGGUACUACAAACUGGAAUGCUGGUGGUGUUGUCAAAAAAGCGAAAUGGUUGAAAAAUCAUCCACUAUACGAUUCAAAAUCAAUGAAAUACGAUGUGGCAGUUAUUGGAUUAGACUCCGACUUUAUGUACAGUACUAAAAUUAAGCCAGUAACUAUUUGCAGCAAUAUAAUUCCAGACAAUAGACUUGUCGAUGUAAGCGGAUGGGGUAUGAUGGGUGAAAAUCAUAAAAAUCUUCCAACACAUCUACAAGCGGUAACUUUGAGAUUUUUGCAAAAACCUGCUUGUGGUUCGUUAGAAUUCCGAUAUGGACCAUCAAUUAUGGAAUCGAUGGUUUGUGCAUAUGGACCUGGUCAGGAUUCAUGUCAAGGAGAUUCUGGUGGCCCUUUGUGUUUAUCAGGUGAAAUGAAUCAAAUAGGAGUUGUAUCAUGGGGAGCCGGAUGUGCCCAGCCUGGUCUUCCAGGGGUUUACUGCGAUCUUACAGAUGCUGUAGUUCGCCAAUUUAUUAAAUCAAGUUGUCCAGCAGUAACAUUCGGAUUUUGUUAA